AAGUUCUCUCUGAUGUGAUGAUACUACAAGGUUUGAUUUCGUGCCGCAACAUGCCGCGGGAACGAGCUCCGAGACUGUAGCUCAUCCCCCUCGAGUGCGAACACCAUUCGCUCGUUGGGCAGGACCCUCCUCCUAAUGCAGAGUCGCCGACGCGCUAUUACCACCAUUGAGAAUCGCUGAUCUCAAUACGCUGGAACUUCACUUCGAACAGGAAGCGGGGAAGGAUAUCGACAGCAGAAGAUAGAGAAUCCCCCCGAAGCGCGCUCGUUCCGAUCGGCACCGUAGACUCUGGAAUUCUCCUAGAGCCUCGGUUUUGCGGAUUUGAAUUGACUUAUUCAAUAUUCAUCCAUUAAAGUCAUUCCUUCAUCGAUUUGAGAAGCGAACACUGGGAGAUUUUCUUCAAUGAUGUCUCUACCGCCGUCUCACAUAGUCGUUUCGUCGUCACCGACUAUCUUCUCUCAAGUACAGACUUUCCCGCAAGCCACUAUAGUGCAGUCAAACCAGACGAUGGUUCAAGUUCCGGUAUCCGGGCUCGGUCCUAGCGGUCUUGUCACGACCAUUGUAAGACCGAUCCAGAGCGUGAUAACUCCGUCGGCGAGCAACAUGAUCACAAGCACCGCCCAAGCAGUGACAGCGAUGCCCCAAGUCGCAGCUAAGGUGAAUAACACCCAGGUCGUAUCGGUUCCUGCGACUCAGGUCCAAACUCCGUCGCGGCCGAUCCUAGCGACAGCGUCGAAUUCUGCCUCUGCAACCGCGACGACGGUAGCUGCCAGUAAUAAGAUGGACGAGAGCAAAAAGAAGACUCAAAUCCGAAGCAAAGCCUCCAGUCAGCGGCUUCGAUCGCCCAGCGAGCAAACGAAAACGUUGUCGGUCUCAAAGCUGGAAGAUCUUGUGAAAGAGGUGGACACCAUGCAACAGAUCGACGAUGAAGUAGAAAAUGUCCUAUUCUCAUUAGCGGACGACUUCAUAGACAAUGUAGUUAAUGCCUCGUGUCUCGUAUCGAAGAAUCGGAAGAGUUCGAUACUUGAUACGAAAGACGUGGCUAUUGUCCUCGAAAGACAACAUGGCCUGUAUAUACCAGGAUUCGGAGGCGAGGAUCUACAUACGUACAAGAAGACAACGACGGCUGAAGCCCAUAAGCAGCGAGUCGCUUUAGUCCGGAAAACCUUGAAGAAAUUCUAGGGAUGUUCAUCGUGAGACCUCACAGGAACGUUAUUGAUCUGUUCGAGAAGCUGUUCGGAUCAUCCUAAGCAUCUCUCCCAAAGCAUGUAUCACAAGUUGAAUCGUGAUCCACCCUCUCAGUCGCCGAAUAAAAUCGUCCUCAUCGGUA